AUGGGCAAACUCGAUCAGUCUCUGGAUGAGAUCCUCUCCAGCCAGCGCAAGAAUAGCCAGGGCCGUCGCCGCUCCCAGCGUCGCUCUGUUGGCGCCAAGCCUGCCGCUGCCCCCGCCGGUGGCAUCCAGAAAACCACCAAGCCUGCCCGGACUGCAUCCAAGCCUGCUUCCGGCAAAGGUGCCGGUUUGACCGGUGAGAGCAAGAUCAUGGUCAGCAACCUGCCCAAGGAUGUUUCCGAAGCGCAGAUCAAGGUAUGUUACUACCAGUGA